UUAAAAUUUUGUUGUAACAACAUUGACAUCUUGUGUUCUUUUGACAGCAAAAUAGGAAAAUAAAAUGCCUUCUCAUGAGGACGAUCCUUACGCCCAAGUGGCCAGAAGUACUCUGAAGUUGAAAAAUGAUGAAAUUGUCAGUAAAAAAAAAAAACGAAAACAAGAGAAGAAAAAAAAACUGGUCGAGGUAUCAAAAAUCGUGGAAGAGGAGGAGCAGCCUAAGCACGUCGUCCAGAGGACAAAAGCAGAAUUAGCAUUCUUAAAAAUGCAGGAGAAAAUGCAAACUGAGAGGAUCAAGCAGAAGGCAUCGAAAACCCAUAAGCAGAGGGUUGAAGAGUUCAACAGGCACCUUGACAGCCUCACCGAGCACUUUGACAUUCCCAAGGUCUCCUGGACGAAAUAAUCAACUCAAUUUAUCAUUAAUUUUUAUUAUUAUAAGUUUAUUACAUUAGAGGGUGUUCACAUCUAUAAAAGAAUGCACAUUAAUUUCAUCCUUAUCGAAUUAUUAGUCAACGUAAUCAUUGCUAAAACAGAUGUGUCUGCUCUCAAUGAACAAUUGUAAAUAUUCAACAAAUAAAGUACAAAAUAUCUUGCAAAA